AUGAAGAGGCUAAGCUCGCAUGAUGAAAGUAGCAGUAAUAUCAAAGUCAUUGCUCGAUUUCGACCUAUUAUUGAAAUAGAAGCUGAUUUGCCUGAUAACCGAACUGAUUUAUAUACCUUUCCAACUGACACUGCUAUAGAAGCUCACCAUGAUGCCAAUAACACUGACACCUUUGUGUACGAUAAAGUUUUUUCUCCUUCAUCUCAGCAAAUUGAAAUAUUUAACUUUGUGGGAAAACCGAUAAUUGAAGAUGUUUUAACAGGGUAUAAUGGAACUGUUUUUGCGUAUGGGCAAACAGGCUCAGGAAAAUCAUUUACUAUGAUGGGCCUUGACAUUUACGAUAACAUAACAAAAGGUAUAAUUCCUCGUGCAAUAUUCAAAAAAUGGCGGAUGGCGACCGGCCCACCCUCUCUCAAUGGUGGUUAGCCAUGUAUAUCCGGGCAUGGUUUUUGGAGCCGGGAGUUGGCCCAGCAACGUUUUGGACCUCGAAGCGAAAGGUCUAAGCACUGAGACCGCUGUUUCUGUGACAGAAUCCAUGGGCAGUUACUUGCGACUUCUUUUUGCCAGCAGCGCUCAGCCCAGUGAGUGCCCGAAAUGAGGCAGGACAACUUACCUCCUAAGCUGCUUUUGUGGCUUGCCCCGAAUGGCGAAAGCUGUUGAGUUCUUUCUCGGGAUGACCGGAAAAGAGGGGAAGGCAAGCUAGACAACAAAACGGGAGUCUCUCCAGUUAAAAGAUGCCCUUCAGUGGGCAGAUCUGGCGGACGACGCGGCAGUUUUGGCGUAAACUUAGGCGACGAUCCAAGUUGGAAAUGGAGGCGGCCAGCAAAGACGGUAUGACACGUCCCUUGACCUUCACCUCUACCGAGAAACCGGGGGUUCGGGCCCGGGAUUGGUGAACGCUCUGCCACCAUACGGGAAACCGUAGAAUGCUUCCUCGGACGAAGUGGGGACUUUAAAUACCCCAGCGUAAUCUUAAUCUUAAUAAUUCCUCGUGCAAGCUCUUUAAUCUUCGAAUCCCUUUCUGCGUCAACUAAGGAUGCUGUAUGCACGGUUAAAUGCUCGAUGCUUGAAAUUUAUAAAGAAACUUUAAAAGAUCUCUUAUUCCCCUUUUUAAAUUGAAACCAAAAUUUCUCUUUAACAAAAAAUUUCAAAACCUUAAAGAUAAGCAUAUUCAAAUACCUUAAAAUUAAAAUAAGAUAAAGAAAUUUCCGAUUGAAAUUAAUCACGACAAAUUUACUAUCAAAACUAUUUAUUAAUUCUCUUCAAUUGAAAUAUUAAAAUUCUGUUCCUAUUUAAAGUUCCAAAAAAUCAAAAAUUUGCCAAUAUUCAUUCAAUUUCAAUGGGAGAGUUGGGAGGCACAGGGGAAUUAAAAAUCAAAGAGUCCACAAGUAAAGGGAUUUAUAUUCAAGGACUAACUGAAGAAUACGUAGUCUGUGAAGAAGAAAUGAUGGAAAUCUUAUCAAUGGGAGAAAGCAAUAGAACUGUUGCUUCUACCAAAAUGAAUAAAGUCAGUUCCAGAAGCCAUCAGUUAUUUAUAGUCGAAGUCAAUCAGAAAUUGCCUGAUAACAGUGAAAGGCGCGGAGUUUUAAAUUUAGUUGACCUUGCAGGCUGUGAAAAAAUAAAUCAAACUGGAGUUACUGGAAACAAGCUCGAAGAAGCUAAAAAAAUUAAUUUGUCGCUAAGCGCACUAGGAAAUGUAAUUCAUGCUUUGACUUCUCAUUCUGAGCAUAUCCCAUAUAGAGACUCAAAACUCACAAGACUUCUGCAAGAAUCAUUAGGAGGGAAUUAUAAAACCACGUUAAUAGUAAACUGCAGUCCUCACCCAAGAAACUAUGAAGACACUCUAAAUACCUUGAAAUUCGCCCAAAGAGUAAAAACAAUUAAAAAUCAAGCUAUAGAAAAUUCCUGGGGAUAGCGCGGAAUACGCUAUCCCCAGGACCAACCGGGAUCGGAUCCCACAUGGAACGAGGGUUCCAUGUGUGGAUCCAUUUUUGACACGUGAAAGUAAAUAUCUCACAUGUCAAAAAUGGAUCCACACAUGGAACCCCCGUUCCAUGUGUGGAUCCGAUCCUGGUUGGUCCUGGGGAUAGCGCGGAAUACGCUAUCCCCAGGAAUUUAGUAUAAGUUAAAUGUGAAAAAAUCCCCAGAAGCCUAUAUGAGGAUUAUUAAUAAGCUAAAAAAAGAAAUUGAGGAGCUAAAAGGAGAGCUUUCAAGACACUCAAAGUCAAAUCUUCCAUCUCCUGCAGCUUUAAAAAGAAAAUUUUCACUGACUUUUGAAGCGGCGUCGCUAGAAAAUUCAGGAUUUUUUGAAUCUAAUUCAGGAUCGCUGCUAAGCCAUGAUAGAUUUAAAAGCAUUUCAGAUGAGGUCAGCACUUCGGACCAUUUAUAUGAAGAAUUUUCGAGUAUGAAGCAAGAUAAAGAAAAUUUGGGUUGUUCUAAAAUACCAUAGGUGAUAAAUUCAUGGAUUUUUUGUUGAUUAAAAAGAUUGGAAAUAAAAAAUUCUCUUUUUAAUUUGAAAAAAAUCAAUUUUAUAAUCAUUUUUAGCUCUAAAUGGCAUUUUUUGCCAAAGAAAAGAAAAUGAUUAUCUAUGGAUUUUCCUGAUGGAGAAUUUGUAGGAGAGUGUGCAGGAGUGUGGAGCUUUGGUGCAAAAACAUUCCACUCAGUGUUGGAGCCAUGCAUGAAGAUGGAGUCGAUUCCAAGAAUAACCUGAUGAAGCUGAAGAUCGUGGUGACAACAAAACAAAAAUGGGAUUUGUCAGAAAAUACCAUUUUUUGAACAGAAAUGUUUGAAUUAUUUAUUUUAUCAGAAAAAUUUUAUUCAGAUCAGAUUGAAAAUUAGAUCAGAAUAAUUAUUUUUAUAUCAGAAAUGCAGCUGUUACAAAAUAUAGCAGUUACAAAAAUUAUUUCAAGUUAUUUUUUAUUUUUUAUUCAAAUAUCUCAAAUAUUUCCAAAUUAUUCAAAUAUCUCAAGUAUUUCCAAAUUUAUUUUUGGGUUUCGAGAAUUGGAUUUUUACUAACUCCCCUCCCCCUCCGUGAGUGAACAAAACCAUUAGAAAAAUCGCUAUUUUUUGCCCAAAAACCCACCCUCCGUGAGUGAACAAAAAGUUUUUUAAUACAAAAAUUUUUUAUAGAAAAAAAUUUUUGAUAUAUAAAUGAUAAUUAGUAUAAUGAAAUCUAGAGCUAAUUCUGUUUAAUUUUAAACGAAUUGCUUUUUAAAACAUAAAUUUUAUAAAUUUAAAUUAAUAUUUGCUUUCCAAUUUUUGCAAAUUAGGAUUUUUUUAAAUUUCGAAAAAAAUAUUUUUUAUAAAAAUUUAUAUAUGAAUAUUUUUUUAAAAAACAAAAUUAACCCCCCUCCGUGAGUGAACAAAAAUUUUUUGUUCACUCACGGAGGGGGGGGGGAGUAAGUUAAAAUUAAAAUUAAAAUCAAUUUUCAUUAAUUUUAUUCGGCAAAAAAUGCAUGAAUUUACUACUCCCCAGAAAAUUUAGAGUCACGAAAUAAAGAACUAGAAGAAGAACUUGGCCUUGAAAGGAAAAAAAGAAUUAAAGCUGAAGAGGUAUCAUUACGAAAUUAUACCUCCUACAAAUGAAUUAUCCACCAAUAACAUAAGCCUCAAAAACUUCCCUAUUUUCUCAUCAAAAGAAUACGAUUUAUUCCAAAAAGCUACCAACAGCCAAAAUAGCCAAAACUGCACCCAAAAUAAAAUUUCUGCUGAAAACGAAAGCUUGAAAAAGCAGGUUGAGAUCUUGCAGUACCAUUUAUCCCAGAUAAACGAAAGAUUUGAAGAAUACAUUACAAAAAUAAAUAAAGGUGAAAAUAUUACAGAGUGAGAAUUUAUUGACCCUUCCAAAGCAUCUGCAGCUUAUAGCUCAGACUUGCCUGUUUAUACAGAAGAAGCUCCUCUUAUAGUAAAUCGGUCAUCAGAAAUAUUCAUUGACAUCCCUUUGGACGCAGAAACAUUGAUUUCUCAAGAUGUUUACUCACAAAGCAUGCCAGAAGUCCUUGAAGAAAAUUCGACAAUAAAAGAUGAAAUUUUUAUUCAUCAGCUACGGAAACAAGUCAUCCAUUCAGGGCUAAUUAAUUGUGAUCUCCAAAGGAAUUACUAUGAAUUGCUAUGAAAAUUUAAUUUAUUGAAAGAAAAAUUCAAUUUAAAAAGAAAAUUCGUGACUUAUCAAGAACAAAAAAUUAUUAAUUUGGAAAAAUCAGUAGAAUAUUUGCAUGAUCAGUCAAGCAAAAUUAUUGGGCUGAUUGAUAAGCUGGAAAAUGGAAACUGGCAAAGGGAAAGAGCUUCAGAAACUCCUGCAGGCCGAGGAAAGAUAAUUAGGCCGAUUAUUUCUUCUAUAGAAACCUCAAUACAAAGAAGAUCGGUCAGGAUGCUUACAACUAUGCCGAAUCAUAUGCAUGCUGAAGAACCUAUAGCAGUUAUACUUUUUUAGUCAGUUUUCAGGUAUAUAUACAAGCCAGAGAUAAUUUUUUAAAAAAUAAUUAAUAACCAUUUCAGAAAAAAACAAAAGGAUAGAUUCAAUUCUGAGCCAGUCGACGAAUCAUUCAAAAUCCGAAGCCUCGAAACCAGUCUAAGAAUGCAAACCCUCUUCAACCAACAAAUGCGAAAAGGCUAUGAGCUUGCCAAAAAAGAAAGUGAGUCCUAUAAAACUCUUUUAGAGUCCACACAAAAGCAAACCCUUGAAGUCUACAAAAACGAAAAAAAGAGAUGAAAAGAAUACCUUGAAGGCUUCAAAAACUUAUGCGAAAAAGAACUGUCCCGAAAGCAAACAGAAAUCAAUAAACUCCACGAAGUCUUAGGCAGCUGAAUUACGAAGUAUAUGGAAUUACAAGAGCAGACAGGAAUCCCUUGUGAUAAAAACAAAAAAGGCCCAAAGCACGCCCACAAGCGAACAAUUUCUAAAGAAUACAUGGUCGAUUUGGAAUGCUUAACAAGGCAAACAAAAAUUGCUAUAAGACCUUCAAAGCUUGAUUUAAGCAGCUCCCCUUUCCAUAUGAAAUUCAAAAAGCCAAGAUCAGUCACAGUAAAGUGCCAAAGUGGAGAUCAAAGCCCACCUUUGGAGCUAGAUUAA